AUGUCUCAAUCAAAGGAGUCUGAGAACGAGGUCAAGAACCUGCUACGGAUCGCCACACGGGCGUUCUAUGCAGCGCCGUGUGUGCUGAUCAUGGAGGUCUUGCUGUUCCACUCGGUCGUCUACGAGGAGGACAUGCUCAAGCUGACGUGUAUGCAUCGGAAGGUGUUUCGGUCGUAUUGCAAUCGAUUGCUGGAAGACCGUCUCAUUGUGGCCUACACGCAAAAGGAGGACUCGCCUCAGUACAGAAUGAUGGCCAAGACGUAUUUUUUCAUCCGCUGGAUCGACGCAAUCGAUGCCAUCAAGUGGAAAAUUCAUUUUCUGGUCAAGAUGGUCAAGGACGAGGUGGACCAGUUGAGCGACCCACAGGGGUACAUGUGUCCGUCUUGUCGGACGAAAUACUCUCUUUUGGACGCUUCGUCGCUUCUGAGUGACGACAAGACGUCGUUCGAGUGUUCUGUCUGCGGAGACAAGCUGAUCGAGGACGACUCUGGACUGGAGGCGCAGAAGGGACAGGAGAAGCUGGAACGGCUCAUGUCGCAGAUCGAGCCGAUCAUCGAGUCGCUCAAGAAGAUUGACAACAUGAAGAUCGAGGACAACAACUUCGAGUCGUCGUUGGUCAAGGCCAUUCCUGCCACCUCGAGUUCUACUGCUUCGUACACGGUCAGUUCGAAGGUUUCUCGUGCGAAUAAAGCGGCCGGGUUGUCACAGUCGUUACAGAACGCUGCGCAGAAGUCGCAGGCUACGGUUCAUGUGUCGAUCACGGCAGACGACGAGGACGCCAAGCUGGAUCGCGAGAUGAAGGAACAGAAGUCAGAAACGUUGCGGCAGAACGCUCUUCCGUCGUGGCACGUGGAAAGCACUGUUGGCAAGCCUCUUCUGAGCGGGUCGGAGUCGCCGUCCGGGUCGGAAAUUAAAAAGGAGUCCAAAGACUCGAUCAAAACAGAAACCCCAGAGGUGGAAUCGACUCCACAGGACUCUCCAUCGCCAGAGACUGCCGAUACGGCCGAGGAAUUGGACGCCCUGGCCACCUACUACGCCCAGUUGCGGGCCAACCAGGAGGAGGACAACGACGAUGAUGAUGAAGAACUGGACGACGCCAUGUUUGAGGACGAAAUGAGCUAA